AUGAAUAUUUUAAGUCCAGAAAUCACCCAUAUAAUAUUUGACUUGGAUGGACUAUUGCUUGAUUCAGAAACAAUUUAUACCCAAGUCAAUACAGAACUAAUGAAAAGUUAUGGUAGGGAGUACACGAUGGAAUUAAAGACAAAGACAACUGGUAUGAAGAUGGAUGAUGCAAUUCAAACGAUGCUUGAGCAUGAACACUUGAUUGGCACAGUAAAUUUGAAAGAGUACAGAGAGAAAUAUUUGGACUUACUAGGUAAGCAUCUCCCUGAAAGUCGAUUAUUACCCGGCGCUAUGCAACUGGCGAAACAUUUUGCUAAACAUAAAAUUCCAACAGCAAUAUGCAGUGGAUCUAAUACUUUUGAAUUCGAUGCGAAAAUGAAAAAUCAAAAGGAAUUGUCUGAUCUCAUUCCACUUCAUGUUCUAACUGGCGAUGAUCCGCAUGUUAAAAAAGGAAAGCCGGAGCCAGAUGGAUUUUUGGAGACAAUGCGGCGAUUUUCAGUAAAACCGGAAAGCGCCGCUCAUGUUUUAGUGUUUGAAGAUUCGAUAAAUGGUGUUUAUGCUGCGUUAGCAGCUGGGAUGCAUGUUGUGAUGGUACCAGAUUUGCGUUAUUCAAGUCCUGAAAAAUGUAGAGAUAAAAUAACUUUGGUAUUGAAUAGUUUGGAGGAAUUUAAACCAGAAAUGUUUGGCUUACCACCAUUUGAUUAA